CCGUAGUGGCUAACGAUAACUAGCUUUGCUGUGUGAGUGACACCGGUCGUGGUGGUGGUCCACCGACACAGCUGCAGGUUUACGGUACGCCACAGAGUGAUAGAGUGGAGCUCUACCAUCCGCAGAGAGGUGCAGUCUGUCGGCUUGAAGCAGCCUCUUCGCCCCCUGGACUGUCCGCGGCUCUCGUCCUUUAAUCGACCAGGUCGUAGAUUUGUGCACCGCUAACGGUGAGCCGAUUAAGACCUGUCACUGGGACAUCUGCAUUUAAAUCAUAUUUGAAAUCGGUGCUUCAUUUCUGGUCCAACGUGUCAGGAAUCGCCCGACUUGGUCCAGCCCCACUGUGGAUCUUUAGCCCCUCAGGCAGGACAGUGGCAGAGGCAGAGGUCGAGGCAGAGCCUUCGGGGACCAGACCAGCAGGUAGCAGGGCUCCAUGAGCACCACGGGGCAGCAGCAAGGGGGGGGCCUGCGUUCUCGCCGAGCCCUUGGCCGGGACAAAGAACCCGGGCAGGGCAUGGGCAUGGAGGCAACCUGCUGGAUCGCCCCCGGAGUGCUGCGCAGGCUUAUCGAGCUGCCUUCACCCCCCCUGUCUCGACACCAGCUCAAGAGACUGGAGGAGCACAGGUACAGCAGCGCGGGACGCUCCCUGCUGGAGCCUCUAAUGCAGCGUUACUGGGAGUGGCUGGUGGGACGAGUCCCUGCCUGGAUUGCCCCCAACCUCAUCACCAUCGUCGGCCUGGCCACCAAUGUCUUCACCACCCUCGUGCUUGUCUACUACUGUCCAACCGCUACUGAACAGGCUCCUCUCUGGGCGUACUUGUUGUGUGCGGUGGGUCUAUUUAUCUACCAGUCAUUGGACGCCAUCGACGGGAAGCAGGCCAGACGCACCAAUAGCAGCUCUCCGCUGGGCGAGCUGUUCGACCACGGCUGUGACUCCCUCUCAACCGUGUUCGUGGUGCUGGGAACCAGUAUAGCCGUGCAGAUGGGAACCAACCCCGACUGGAUGUUCUUCUGCUGCUUCGCCGGGAUGUUUAUGUUCUACUGCGCCCACUGGCAAACAUACGUGUCGGGAACGCUACGAUUUGGCAUCAUUGAUGUGACCGAGGUGCAAAUCUUCAUUAUAAUCAUGUAUAUACUGGCCGCCGUGGGAGGAUCUGCUUUAUGGCAGUCUCUGAUUCCGAUCCUAAAUAUCCAGAUGAAAAUGGUUCCCGCCAUCUGCACAUUUUUAGGAGCCAUCUUCUCCUGCACCAAUUACUUCAGAGUUAUUUUUACAGGAGGCGUGGGCAAAAACGGAUCCACGAUAGCAGGAACCAGCGUCCUCUCUCCAGUGUUACACAUUGGCUCAGUUAUAAUUUUGGCGAUGAUGAUAUACAAGAAGUCUGCUGUCCAGCUCUUUGAGAAACAUCCAUGUCUUUAUAUCCUGGCGUUUGGCUUCGUCUCGGCUAAAAUCACCAAUAAAUUAGUUGUAGCACAUAUGACAAAAAGUGAGAUGCAUCUCCAUGAUUUAGCUUUCCUGGGACCAGGACUUCUGUUCCUGGAUCAGUAUUUCAAUAGUUUUAUUGAUGAGUACCUGGUGCUCUGGAUUGCACUGAUCAUUUCCUUCUUUGACUUGGUGCGUUACUGUGUCAGUGUUUGCAACCAGAUUGCCUGCCAUCUUCACAUUUUUGUUUUCAAAAUCAAGCCUUGUUCAGUCCUCAGCUCAGCUCCUCACUGAGGACACGCCGGCCAUUUACUGACUCUGUCCCUGGUUCCGUUAGUCGCACUCAUCUUCCCUUCCCUCUGUUGUCCACGUAGAGAUGGGAGCGGGGGGGGCUGCGACGUGGUGUAAAAUAUGUGCUUCUGCCAACUGAAUGUGAGGACUAAAUAAUAUAUAUAUAUUAAGAUACUGGAAUAUUACUGUCAUAGUUUCUUUUUUCACCAGUGCAGAAUUGAACUUGUACCAGUUUCAUCUUCUGCCCCAGUAAUAAGAAAAUCUCCUUCUGACUAAUACUUCAGGAGAGUACAGGUGCUACUCUGUAUGUUCGAGGAGAGAAAACUUAACGUGUGUUUUAACUGUUCAUGUGCAAGAAAAAAUGUAUAGGACGUGAAUCAACCUCUUUGCUUUUCAUGAUUAUAAUUUUUGUAAUAUUUGCAUAACUCUACCUUUUUGCUAUUGUAAAUACCAAACUGUUACAGUGUCUGUACUUCUCUCUUUUAAGUUAAGGGAAAAAAAAACAACAAAAAAAAACAUUCUGCUCCGACGCAUUUACAAAACCUUCCUCCAUGUGUACAGUUUUAACGUAACUUCAUCCCUCGCACAUUACCCAAAACUCUGCACCUGCUUCAGCAGGACGUGGCUUCGGGGGAAACUUAAUGUCGACUUACAUUUUUAUUUUCAGGACGCCUGCGAAAUAUUCACUGCCAGCGUUGUCUCGGUUAAGUCUGCUCAUGGGACUUUGUGUUUCUUUGACAAAAGAAAAAGUGCAAGUCUAAAGCCUGUCCUAGUUUUUGCAGCUUCGCCAAAAAGUUACUAAGUAGGUGACGUUUGUUUUGUGUCACAUUUUGCAGUUGAUCUGAAAAAAAUCAAGAAGUUUUAUAUUUAUUCCACUUUAUAUAUUGUUACGUUUAGUCCCUUAACUAGGUCUCAAUUAUUUGAUAGUACUAAUCAACCAAUCCUGUUAAACCUCACCUGUUACAUCUCUGAUCUACUGAAGACAUUAAUCUGUAAAAAUAUCUAUCAGUCUAUAUUUAAAUUGUUUAUAAACGGACAGUCACUUCCUCAAAAUGGCUCGUUUUUAGGAGAGGAACUAUUUUCAAGAGCAGAUUAAUACCGUUGUGAGGCUCUAGUAGCCGCAGUCUUUUUUCUCCCAGCAGCAGGACAGUGUAUGUGGGAGUCAGAAAAUAAAUAAAGAAGUGCUUCUGUUAGAUUUUGGAAAUAUUGUAGCUCGUGGAGCCAGAGAGGAAACGGAAUCUGUCACGUUAUAAUUAUUAGAAGAUCAGCUCAAAAAGUGAGGUACUGAGUAUGUGUAAACAUUAAAAUUAUUCCUUCCUUUGUUACAGCUACAUUCCUGUGAAACGUGUGUUCAGUAUUAACAUAAUGUGGCCGACACUAAGUUUCCUCCCCGACCAUACCUGCUGCGGUAGGACGCAGGUGUGAAUGAAUGUGCAGGACGUGAAGUGAAACGAUGCCGUCGCGGUUUCUAAGGUGGUAACUGACGAGAAUCAGAUCAAACUUAAUAAAAAGCUGUUUAUUUGAAAUGCUGCUCGCUCUGGCUCCACAUCCUCAUCAUCGUCGUCGUCUGAUACUGUCGCUGAGUGUGUUUGACGUUGCUGCUCCUGGAGAGGACCUGCUGCCAGUGAUGAUUCAUUCAUCUCUGGGAACGCGUUUGUCCUCAACAGUGGACGUUUGAUUAUUACUUUCCGCACAUUGUGCCUGGUUUUAUUAAUGUUUCUUUGAAGAGCUCCACAUCCACAGACGCUCUGCUGUGUCUUUGAUGCCAAGAGUUGACUCUUUCAUCUACAGUGUCUUCAGUGUCCUUGUGUUGACUCGUUGCGUUCAGGGUCAGGGUGGUGAAGUUGUGAUUCACAGUUAUGGGAAAAAGUGUUGGCCACUGAUUCAAAUAAAUACUCAAACGUUCACAUGGUGGUUGGUGUUAAAGGGCCACUUCACCCAAAUCACAAAAACAUUAGUCCUUUAAUGACGGAGAAAACUGUGAUGCCCCGACUUUACAAGACGAAUAGAGUCAGUAUGGUGAUAAAGUCAGUAUGAGGACAAAGAUACAGUUUUGAAUUAUUGCUUUUCUGUAAUAAUAUUCAGUAAAGUAGUCUAAUAACUCUGUAGGUAUUAGGUUUAGGGAAGAAUUGUUAUUAAAGAAAAAGAAAAACGGUUUGAGAAAAGAUGCUGCUAUUAAGUUUCCUAAUAUUAUGUCCUAAAGCUUUGAGCAUCGUAAACUAAAUUAACUUGAUUUUUUUUGUUUGUUUUUAAAGCAGAAAGUGAGGAGCUCUUAAAAUGCAUGAAAUGAAAGCUCAUAAAGAUGGAGUAGCUCUUUUUUUUUAUGAUUUAGGGGGAACUGAGCUUUAAAGGAUGACUGAUCACACGUUGUUGAAGUGUUUUAAUUUGCUAUCACGGUGUUGAUUUUCUGUUCUAAAAUGUCUCACAAGGUUAUUUCGUUUUUGGCUGCUGAUGUCGAUUUGCCCUUUUUAGGAAACAAAAAAAAAAAAAAAAAAAAAUGGAGGAUGAGCCGUUGCCCUCGUCUGCAUGUGUAGUAUCCUGCUUUACGGCUUCUAGCUGGAGAGUCUCUGAAUAACCACUUCCUGAGUCUGUGAGAGUCUGAGUCAGGUCGACUCUCUCCUUGUUACGAGUGAAACAUUUGCCUUAAACGCUUUUGUUUUCCGUUUCUGUUGGUGUUUUGCGCGGAGGUGAAGCCUCUCUUGACGAGUGUGUGAGUCUCCUCUCGUGGCUUGUGUUGAAGUUUGUCUUCUCUUGUCCAGACCGCCAAAGCUCAGGUAUCACAACAGCGUGUUCUUAGAAGGCUGCAGCAAACAAAGACCCGCCUCACCAUCUUUCCUCCAUCGACCAAUGCAAAUAAAUAUCAUACUCCCACCUGGAACCAGGUUUUAACUCGUGUGUUACUGGAAGCUGAUGAAACUGACCUUGCUGCACCUUUGAGUCGACUGUGGAGAGACUGAUGAUCAGACUGGAGACGUCACGCGGCGCCUCCAGUUGCAUAGGAUGUUCUCGUUUGGUGGGAAGGAGACGAGACUUUAAAUAAGGUCACUUGCUUUCACUCUGACUAUUGUUGCAGGCGAAAAUAAAUAUAUUCACUGUGUUCCUCCAUGAUUUAACUUAAAGUAAAAAUGUGUAAUCUUAACCGUCUUCAAGUUGCAGUAUGAGGUUACUUUAUGUUGUCAUGUGUGUUCCCAAAUAGCCCUGUAUGUUGGUGUUAACAUACUUCUGUCUGAUUAACGAAAACAUUUUGACUUUCUCCAUUUUGUUCACAAAUUUAAAAUCACGCCGAGCUGUUUUUACAAAUAAAGUAGUUCGAAAAUA